AUGAGGUUAACGACAGACCUGAUCAACAACUCCCUCUCUUUCAUCAACUGUCUCACGGAGCGUGAACUCGAUCUGCGAGGUCACAAGAUUUCGGCUAUCGAGAACAUGGGAGCAGCCAGAGACAACGACGCCAUAGAUCUCACAGACAACGACAUCGCACAGCUCGGCAACUUCCCCCUCCAGCCUCGUCUCCGAACCCUCUUCCUCGCGCAGAACCGCAUCUCCAACAUCCAACCGAACCUCUCCUCGAGCAUACCCAAUCUGCGAACACUAGUUCUCACCAAGAACAAGAUCGCAGAGCUGGCGGACUUGGAUCCGCUGGCGGGAUUCAAGCAUUUGGUCUAUCUUUCAUUGAUGGGGAAUCCCGUCACACGCAAAGAGAACUACCGGUAUUGGGUCAUCUGGCGCUGCCCUACUGUGCGAUUCCUAGAUUUUGUCAAAGUACGCGAUGCUGAACGAAAGACGGCCAAGGAGCUAUUUGGAACUGCAGAGGAGCCCACCGAGCUUGCAAACCAGAUCUCCAGCAACAAGUCGAAAGGUUUUGUUGUCCCCACAUUCACAAACGGUGCCGACUCGGGUAAAGAGCGUAUCUACACCGACGAAGAGAAGAAGCGCAUGCGCGCUGCCAUCCUCAACGCGAGCAGUCUGGCGGAAAUGGCACGGCUGGAGAAGGAUUUCGCUGAAGGGCGGAUACCAGCACAUAUCCUCCAAGGCGGAGAACCCAUGGAGACAUAG